AUGGAUUUGGCAGCUGCCAUUCGAAAUGUUCAGAUUGCUUUUGUUUGUGCUGCCCCGCACUUUUCGCAAGCUAUGGGACAAACACAGAAGACGACCCUAUCCGACAAGCUCGCCCUUCUGUUAGAGGAACGGCAGGUUUAUCGACGUGUUGACCAAGUGUUGACAGCUUUCUCCACGUCUCAAUGGGUCCAAUCCCCAAUUGACAACUCAGACAUGUCUGUCUCUGAUGGUGAAAACCCAUACCCUCUCAUUUCCCUUCCUAAUGCUCCAUUCCUCGCCGUCGUCUCUGACGAUUUGGCGGCGUAUAUGGCCUAUGACAUGAUUCUUAUUCACAAUGUCUUCAUCCGUGCCAUGAAUUCGAUCUGGAGAAACGCACCCCUUGUGAAACCCGAAGACGAGCAUGCAUUCGCUGGAUACUCUCUGUGUUUCUUGGCCGCGGUCCAUGACCACCACCAUGACGAAGAAUCGAUUAUUUUUCCGUUUUUCCAGACCAAAUUGGAUAUGGCUCACAACAGGGAACAGCAUGAGGCUCUCCACGCUGGAAUGGACGUAUUGGAGGAGUAUAUGAACCAAGUUUUCAUCGGGACUGAGAAAUAUGAUGGUGAGAAAACUCGAGAGCUGCUCAAAGCGUUCGCCGAUCCACUCGUGCAGCAUUUGCAUGACGAGAUCCCGACUAUUUCUGAGGAACAGCUCAGAUUGUUGGACGAAGAUGGCCUUCAGAAGGUGUCGAAACGUACGGGAUAUUGUCCACUGCCGUCUACGCAAACCCCACCUGAGCUCUUUUCCCUUUCGCAGAGCAGGAAGAACAUAUCAAAAACCUCCCAGGAAAGUUGA